AUGAACGUGCUUGUGUUUAUGGACAGCUUAACCCAAGCCAAGCACGAAGGACUCAUAUCGGGUGCCAUAUUGUUCGAUUUCUCAAAAGCAUUUGAUAGGUUCCAACACGUCCCGCUGUUCCACAAACUCGAGUCUUACGGGAUUCAAGGGAGAAUCCUUCGCUGGAUCAAGGCGUUCCAAUCAGACAGAUCAUCCCGAGCGAGAAUAGGUUUGAACUACUCUUCUCCAGCGCCGGUCUCCAUUGGAGUUCCUCGAGGCUCCGUCCUGGGACCACUGCUGUUUCUGGUCUACGUCAACGACCUCCCGGACGUUCUUGCGAGUACAUGUCUGCUGUUUGCGGACGACUUGAAAUACUGGACUUACAAUGCCAGUGCCCUCCAAAUGGAUGUAGACGCUGCCAACCAGUGGUCGUUGCACUGGCACCUUCCUCUGAAUGAUAAAAAGUGCGUCCAUAUGUCAUUUGGAGGAGACUCAAUGAAUGUCCUUGUCAUGAAUGGUGAGAAAGGACCAGAAAACAUCAUGAGGGUAGACGCCAAAACUGAUUUGGGUAUCUCGGUCUUCUCAAGCUUGUCCUUCUCACUGCACCAUGAGAAAUUAGCCCCAAAGACAUUCGCCAUUUUACAGAUUAUCCGACGCACCUUCUCCUGUGUUACUCGCAUGGACUUCCAAAUACUCUAUGGGGCCUACGGCAGACCGCUCCUGGAGUACGCGAACAAAGUUUUCCAUUCAAUACGCACGAAAGACGUCACCCUCAUUGAGCGUGUCCAUCGAGCCGCCAUGAGAUUGUUUGCCAGCCUCAAAUUCAUGAACCACGAAACGCUUCUCGCGAUGCUUGAUUUCUUCCCCCUGGAGUUCAGUCGCCUUCGAGGGGACCUAAUUCUUACCUAUGUCCUGUGUGAACAAAAGUUUGACCACCUGUAUGACCCGUCGCUGGUGGCGCGUGUCCCCGUUGAGUGUCCGCCAGAGCCCGAAUUCAGGAGACGAAAACCUCGCUUUACUGAGUGGUGUGCACCGGAAGUCGACAAUUUCCAAUACAACGACCGCAGCGACUUGUGGAGUCUGGCAUGCAUGAUGCAAAUAAUGUUGAACGUGAAGGAUCUGACAGCCGAUGAUAUGAACUGGGCUUUGCAAACGCUGAAGUCCAAUCCAAAAUCGUUCUUUCCACUCAACAACCAGUCAACUGACGAUGAGGUGAAAUUCGUGAAAAUUUUGAACUCUAUGCUCGAACCGGAUCCUGAAAAACGGAUGAGCCUGGAACAGUUAGUGCAAGACCCUUUCGUUGAAGCCAUUCUUGAGCAGGCAGAUCCAGAGUCAUUGGCGCGCGCCAAUCGCUGCAUUGUGCGUAUGGCCGACCGUGAGUGUCCAUUUAUCUUAUUCCGAUUUUGCUUAUCUGGAAACGAAUUUCUCCGCACUACUUCCAAAAUACCAUCACUGGUGAUCCAACCAGAAACACCGAUGGGGGUGAGUUUGCUUCCGGCCGAAGAUGGAGAGCGAGCCGUUCGUGACUACUUGAUACGCAACUGGCGCCACGAAAAUUGUGUAGAGGGAGCAGUUAUAUGGUUUGCGGAACAUUGUUGUCAUUCGAAUGCUGGGCUCCCUCCACACUUGUCUGGUGUGCUUUUCAAUGUGUUAGACCUUCACAAGGCCAACGCGAAGCUGGUACACAACACGCUCAUUGUGUUAAAUCAUUGUGUCUAUCUCAGGUAUACUGUUAUAGAACUUCCUUCUCCCAGUACUGAAUCAAGAACCGCUGAGAAUGAUCAGAAUGAAGCGAAAGAAUUUAAAUAUAGCUUGGAAAAUGAAGAUUUUGUAAUCAUCUUGAAUGCAAUGAAACAGCAUCCACAGGACCAGGUAAUACAAGAGGCAGCGUUGAAACUCCUCGAUUCGUUGCUUGGAGCAUCACACAGCAACGUUGAUGUAGAGGUUGUCCGAAACUAUCUAGCCACCCGACAGCAUGUCUUCGAUCAUCUUAUAAAAAUUGGCCUCAUUACUUAUCUACUGGAGCUACUACAAAGUCACAUGUAUGAACUGGCAAGGUUAGGCGCUGAAUAUUUGUGGAAAUACUGUUUUUACGCCCCAAUUGCGAGAAUGGUUGGAGAGAGCAAAGCUUUGAUCACUGUGCUUUAUCUAAUGCGCAAUUAUCCUGAGGAUAUUAAACUAUUCACUGGCGGACCGCUUCUUAUACUGGCCUUAUCAUCAUGUGAAACAGUUCGGAAGAAGCUGCUAGCUACGUCCGACGUCGUGCCGAUUCUGCUACAGGGUCUGGACCGAUUCAGCAACUGCCCAGAUACAAUUUGGAAUAUAUGUCUUGGCCUGAAUGUAGUGAUUAAUCUGUCUGAGCAUUUUGCACUGCAUUUUGUCGGGAUUGAUGGUGAAACGGAAUACCAAACCGACGGGUGUGGUCUGCUGCAUGCCCUGUACAGAACCUACCACGAUAGUACAGCUAUUAUUGAAGGAUUAAUGCGAGUGAUCAAUGCUGUGAUGCAAUAUGAUGUUAUUGGAUUGUAUAAGUACGAAUUCCACCGAAAUUUGCCGGAUAUUGAACGUCGAAUUUCAAUGCCGUUUGCUUCAGACGAUAUUGUCGUCGUACGAAUGAGUGGAAAAAAGUUUAUUAAAUCGAUGCUUAAGGAAAUUUCAACACGUUUUCGUGAGCACAAG